CACCCUCGUUCUCUGCGAGCAGGUGUUCCUGUAGCAUGAGCACCUAGAUCGAGUUAGCGAAGUGGGUCCCGCUGCUGCAUGCGCCACAGAUGUGGCUGGUGAGGCGAUCUGAGUGGCCGUGUGAUGAGGCGAAGCAGGGUGAGAAAACCAAGGAAGUCCGAAAGAGACAAAGGUGGUCUCUGUUGAGGGUGAAACAUGAAGGUGGCAUGUUGACGGAGAGUCUUAAAAGGAUGGGUUUCUCUCCCGCCUUGAAUUCCAGUAUACUCAAACCGUGACUAUCUCUCUCGUUGGACCCAAGACGUUUCUCGGUUUUAGACGAGAAUUCCCUAUUCUGGUUACCGCGAGUGCGCUUCCGACCAAUCAGACUAUCGCCGCUUUACAUAGGCGCUACUAUACACUGCACAACACAAGUACCUCUCAUGUCCUACGACAUGCACUACCGCCAUAUCCGCUCGCGCGGCCCGUCUCCCUCCCCCCGCGAGGACUCCACCCUCGCUAGACGACCACUCGCUCGCCGCCUCCACCGCAACAGCAUCAAGCGCCAGCGUGUAGACGACGUCGCUAUCUACGACGACGACUUAUACGACGACUAUCCGGCCGGAGCCACGCCAGCAAAACCGAAACCAGCGGUGGUGGGUAGUCCGUCACAGGUGCUGACGGUGCGGAGACCGAGUGAGUUGGAGAAGUUUAAUGUGUUUAAUGUUGGCGGUGGGGAUGGAUAUGGCCGGGAAAUAAGUGGGAGUGGGAGUGAGAGGUAUAGAGAGAGGAGUAGGAGUAGGAGUAGGAGUAGAGUGAGGUUUGAAGGGCGGAGAGAGAGGCAGGGGCCCAUGGUGGUGAGGAGAUACCAUGUCCCCAGGAUACCGGAUAGUCGGAUCUUUGACGUGGAUGAUGAUGAGGACGACGAUCCGUUCUGGGACGAUGGCGACGCGGAUGAUUGGGAUGGUGAGGAAGACGAUGAUGACGAUGAUGAGACCGACUCGGCAUUCUUCUCCAGCGAAGCCAAUAGCAGCGGGACUCACGGCCAUAGUCCCGGGAACGCGGAAAUCGUGGUCAACGUCAAAGCGAGCGUUCGGGGGUCCCGAUCUCGGAGACGGUCUACGCAGUCGGAGCCGCUGCCGAUGGUGCAUUGGCCUAGAGAAGCUUUUAGGCGGGGAGGGAACUGGGAUAGUAGGGCGGUGGAGUGGAAAGAGGAGGAGGAGGUCGAGACGGAGAGGGUUGGGGUGAGGGAGGUUAGCGGGCGGAGGGUGAGGAGGAUGGGGAUGGGAGGUGACAAGGGGUUAAGUUUUGCAGAUUUCCGGGCUUGUUGCAUCUUACUUGGGGGUCUGUGACGGCGUGGGAAUAAAUGGACAGACCUAUGGGAAGUGUAGGAUAUGUGUAUGGGCAUCUGGGAUUUGAAGGGGUUGGAGUUUGGGUUUCGAAGUGUUUUGGGCUUUGGAGGGCGGUCGCA